AUGGGCGACGAGAGCUCCAGUGAUGAUGAACCGGCCUCGGCGGCUUUGUUCAAUGAACCCGAGGGCUACUAUCAACCAGAAAAGCCAGCUACCUUCACCAACUACACCCUGACAAACGGGCGCCAUUUCAACCUUCGCCUUGUUGGCCAUAGUCCUCUAUGGGGGCAUCUACUAUGGAACGCCGGACAGGUCGUUGCGCAAUAUCUUGAAGAAAAUGCGCAAUCCCUUGUCAAAAACAAAACUGUCCUGGAGCUUGGAGCUGGAGCUGGACUCCCUAGUCUGGUCUCGGCCACUCUAGGUGCAAAGCAGGUCGUCGUCACCGACUAUCCAGAGUCGGAUCUCAUUUCCAACCUUCAAUACAACAUCCAACACAACCUGACCGAAGCAGACUCUCCAAUCUCCGCCCACGGAUUUCUUUGGGGUGCACCUGCACAAGGUUUGAAAGACAAACUCAGCCCUGAUGCUGACGGAUUCCAUCUCUUGAUCCUCGCCGAUAUUCUUUUUAAUCAUUCUGAGCAUGGCAAACUUCUGGCUACUUUGAGAGAUUGUCUGGCCAAAUCCAACGAUGCAGUCGCUCUGGUGUUCUUUACCCCCUACCGACCAUGGCUGUUGGAGAAGGACUUAAACUUCUUUGACAUUGCCCGUGCUGCAGGCUUUACCGUUGAGCAAGUAAUGGAAUAUACGAUGGAAAAGGUCAUGUUUGAAAACGAUCCAGGGGACCAACAGUUGCGCAGAACCGUCUUUGGAUACACAAUCAAAUGGGUGCUGUGA